UUAUCCUCCUGUGCAUGCAUUCUGUGCUCAUUGGAGGGGAGGAACAGGCUACCUUACUCACAAAAGCUCUGGAAAUGGGACUAGCAGAUGGAAGAUACGUCUUCGUUCCAUACGACACUUUACUGUACAGUCUUCCUUACCAAAACAACUCAUUCAAUGUCUUUGAUAACAACAGCAAGCUCCGCGAAGCAUAUGAUGCUGUGCUGACUAUCACACUGGAAUCUGGAGAAAGGACUUUCUAUGAUGCAUUCAGGGAAGCUAAAGAAAGUGGUGAAAUAACCAGGGAUUUGGAAGCCACUCAGGUUUCUCCACUUUUUGGAACAAUCUAUGAUGCCAUUUAUUUCAUGGCAAUGGCUAUAGACAGUGCUCGGAGGAAAGGAGUCAGAAUCUCAGGAGCUAACAUAGCUGAGCACACAAAAAACUUCAGUUUCCCUGGAUUUAGUUACUGGAUAGAGACAGACAGCUGUGGGAAGGGACUGAGCAACUACGUGAUACUGGACACAGAUGGUCGUGGGAACCAGCUCUUCCCAACCCACUUGGUUGACAUGUCUUCAAGCUCUGUGAAGUCCCUAGGCCGGGCCUUCCACUUUCCCAGUGGAGCUCCACCCAAGCCAGACUCCAGCUGUUGGUUUGAUCCAGAUGUUCUCUGCACUGGAGGGAUUGAGCCUGUAGUCAUGAUUUUGGGAGUAAUGCUGAUAUUUGCCCUGGUGCUUUGUGCUGUGGGCCUGGCUUCUCUCAUCAGGCAUAGUAUCUUGAACAGCCAGCUAUUCAGGGGACCUAACAAGAUAAUACUGACCUUGGAUGACCUCGUCUUCAUCAACCCAGAGCUACAUAAAAAGAGGCUGACCUUGGACAGUCUGACUGAUGCAAACAGCGUAGCAGCUGAUGGCAGAAGCCUGAAAUCUGUAACACGCUCCUUUUCCUUGAAAAGCACAGCUGCCACCCACGAAACCUCCAACGUGGCUUUGUAUGAGGGAGACUGGGUGUGGCUGAAAAAAUUCGAGACGGGAGCAGUUCACAAGCUGCGGCAAAGCUCCACCAGCAUCUUGAGGAAGAUGAAAGAUCUGCGUCAUGAAAAUGUGAAUCUGUUCCUGGGCUUUUUCUCUGACUGUGGCAUCUUUGCCAUAGUGACAGAGUACUGCUCCCGAGGAAGCCUGGAGGACUUGCUGAGAAACGAAGAUAUGAAACUGGAUUGGAUGUUCAAGUCCUCACUCGUGAUGGAUCUAAUUAAAGGAAUUAGGUAUUUGCAUCACCGAGAUUUUGCCCAUGGACGUCUCAAGUCUCGUAACUGCGUUGUGGAUGGCCGGUUUGUGCUGAAGAUCACUGACUAUGGUUAUAACGAGCUCUUAGAAGCACAGAAAUGCCCAUAUAUUCAGCCACCCCCAGAAG